AUGAAAACUCUUGUCGAGGGCCGUCACUUUGUCUGCUUGCCCGAAGCCAUCUGGCAUUGGUUGGCAAUGAUUUAUGGUGUACAACAGUUUCUGCACACGACUUCAACAAAUUUCAAGGGCUCCGAUGUUGCUACUCCAGUCUCUGAUGGAUUCCUUCCUUUAAAGUUCGGAGACUUAAAUCUAUCUCGCCCUGACACUGUUUUUAGCUCUGGCGCCAGUUCCAGCGGUAGAGAUGUCCAUUCUUCACUAUCAAGUGGCCUCGGCAUGACAACCACUAACUUCAUCGAGAAAAGAGCCAAUCUCACUGCUACUGGUCAAAAUUCAUUUCAAAACAAGACUCCGGCAAAAGCAGGAUUAACAGACCUUGUGAACUCCAUGCAUCGGGGACUUCCGCGCUACUUUUUGACGGCAAAUAUUCCCAAUACGACACAAGAGGAGACUAUUUCAGAUGGUACAAUUCAGGAUUUUCUUAUUUAA